AUGGCGUUCGAGAAAAGAGCUAAUCAUGCUUCUGGACUCAUGUGGAUGACGUCUAAUGCUAUUAUUAUUAAAAAUUCCAAAAUCCCCAAGUCACCGGCUGUCAGUUUUUCCGUCGAUUACUACGCUAUUACGAAUCGAAAAGCCUAUGAAUAUUGCUUGGCGAGAGGAUUGUGUCAACGACCAAAGCAGAAAGUUGGACGCAUAUUUAAUUAUGCAACUGCCGCUUUUCAUACUUAG